CGUACGAUGUAAGGUCGGUAGAGAGUCGUACUCUCUCUCUACCUUCAUUUCUCUGAACUUUCGACAUACCUUUUUCUUCUUCCAUCUCUUUAGGGCAUAUAUAUAACAGCUUCAACUCUGAUGAAAUCGCUCUAACCUAAUCAAAUCUUGUUGUGGGUAUUCAAUAAAUUUUCGACCUCUCUCAACCUCAAUACCAAAUGGAUUCCGAUUCCUGGACCACUCGUUUAUCUUCUGCUUCUAAGCGCUAUCAAUCUCGAUCAGAUCUGUAUUACGGAGGUGAAGAGAUUGAUGGUGAUGAGGAGUACAGGCCGGAGUUUUUUUGCCCCUUCUGUGGUGAGGAAUAUGACAUUGUUGGACUUUGCUGUCAUAUAGAUGAAGAGCAUGCGAUCGAAACCAAAAAUGGGGUUUGCCCUGUUUGUGCAAAGAGAGUGGGGAUGGAUCUGGUUGGCCAUAUUACCAUGCAACAUGGAAGUCUUUUAAAAGUGCAGCGCAAGAGGAGAUUGCGCAAGGGUGGAUUGAAUUCAGCAUUUUCUAUAUUGAGAAAAGAGCUGCGGGAAGGAACUCGACAAUCCCUUUUUGGGGGUUCUUCAUGCUUUGUUUCUUCCUCCAAUGCAGAACCUGAUCUGUUGUUAUCAUCGUUUAUAUCCAAUCUGCCUGAGGUUGGUGAACCUGCUAGAGUUUAUCAUUCUUCAGUUGAAGCAAGCUCAGUAAAGGAAAAUUCUGUUGCGGAUCUCACAGAAAGAAAUAUCCAAAAGUCCCCGCUAUCAGACAAGGAGCAAGAAGAGAAGGUUCGGAAGUGUGAAUUUGUCCAAGAGUUGAUGCUUUCUGCAUUUCUAGAUGACAAAUUAUGAGUUUGAGGAAUAUAUGUAGUGAAUAUAUAAUUUAGUGCUGCGAGUAUAGCUUUAAGAGGGGAAAUGAGGAUGCAUUUUCCAGUAAUAGGUCGAAAUAAUUUAUCUAUGUCCUUUCUGCAUGUAGAACUUGUGUGUAUAAUGAGAUGGAAGAGCUAAAGCAAGUUGGUUUGCUCUUUACUUUUUCCAGAA